GUUUUCAAAUGGCACACUUUUCAUUAUCAUUUUAUUUUCAUUAUUGAAAGCAAUUUCACUUCUAGUAUAAAAGCACAAUCGCACGUCUUGUCUUGCAUCUUAAUUGAAUCAAAAGUACAUUUUGAAAAUGAAAUUCGCUCUCUGUUUCGCACUUGUCGUAGCCGUAGUGGUCAGUGUCUCUGCUGACGCCGGACGUUCUGCUUGCCGUGAUCGUGUUGAAAUCGGCCAAACCUACCAACAUCAUUUCGAUCCGGCCAAGUAUUGGUAUUGCGAAACAUUCGGUGAACCCGCUGUGGAGAAGGACUGCCCGCACGGUAUGGCUUACAUGCACUUGUUGAAGGAAUGCAUUCCAUGGGCCAAUUACCAAUGGAAACCACUUGAAGAUCCACCAACCUUGGCUUAAAUGAAUAUGGAAUUAAAUUUGGGUGAAAAUAGGCGUGUCUUGUUGUAGUUGUGGAAAUGAAAUAAAAUAAAAUCGAAAAUGUAAAAUUAAAA